CCCUCCUAUGGCGAGGGAGCCAGUCAUAGAGGCUGGGAGUGGAUGAAAGAUUUGUCCACGUCGGCACUACCGCAACAUGGAUCCGUCAGCACUGGAGCCAUCUCUCUACACUGUCAAAGCAAUUAUCAUCCUGGACAAUGAUGGGGAGCGUCUACAUGCCAAGUAUUAUGAUGAUGCGUAUCCUUCCACCAAGGAACAGAGGAACUUUGAAAAGAAUAUUUUUAGCAAGACACAUAAAAGUGACAGUGACAUUGCAUUCCUGGAAGGAUUGACCAUCAUCUAUAAAAGUUCGGUCGAUUUAUACUUUUACAUCGUGGGGAACUCACAGGAAAAUGAGCUCAUGUUAAUGGCCGUUCUCAACUGCCUGUUCGACUCUUUAAGCCAAAUGUUACGGAAAAAUGUAGAGAAGAAAUCUCUAAUGGAGAAUAUGGAUGGGUUGCUGCUUAUCUUGGAUGAAGUUGUGGAUGGCGGGGUCAUUCUGGAGAGUGAUCCACAACAGGUCAUUCAGAAAGUGAAUUUCAGGGUUGAUGAUACUCCUUUAACAGAGCAAAGUAUGGCACAGCAAAUCUCCAGGAGGCUUGGAGUCACUAACAAUGUCCUUCAGUCAGCAAAGGAUCAGAUCAAAUGGUCGCUGUUAAAAUGAAGCAGGAAUCUUACCCUUUUCCCAGCUGCCAUUUUAUACUCUUCCCAACCCGUCCAACAAAUCCAGAUCCAAACUGUGACACAGGUGUUUGGUACAUACUACCGAGAAAGGCAGAUCUGAUCACGACCUCUUCUCCCCUGCGUGACACUUCCUGGAUUUCACCCUGGACUCCAACACCAGCUUGUUCUAAGAAAAGAGAGAGAACUUUGUAUUUAUAUAGCACCUUUAUCACAGCGUCAGGACAUCCUGAGCUACUUUACAGGCAACAAAGUUUAUUUUGGAAGGUGUAGUGACUGUUGUAAUGCAGGAACUGUGACUGUGAAUUAGACUGUGAUGCAGUCAGAUCCCACAGUGUGAUAAAUGGUCUGAUCAUUAUGGGUUGGUCACUUCCUUUUGUGAUGUUGGGGAUGUGGGAGAGAUUUACAGCCUGAAUUCAGGGCAAUUAGAAUUGUGUUUGUAAGUUUGGGUUUGAAGCCUUGCCUAUCUCCUGAAACACUUUUAUUUUCAGAUUUAUUGGUUCCUGGACAGACAGAGGAACACCUUUCCCAUUCAGUAAAUUCUGUAAACACUACGCGAGUAUCGCAACAGCAUGUGUGAAUCUCGUAUCGCCCACCUCCCAGACUUAACCAGUCAUUAUAAUUAACAUAGGUUUAGUUUUAAGGCUGAUGACCCUUUGCAGAGCCUGAACCAAGCAGCAGAAAGUAUUCUAGAUCACCAUGGAGUUGGUGGUCCCCAGCAAAGGAAGAGAACUUCUCAGGACCUUUUCUCUUGGGUCAGUGUCAGGAUAUACCAAGGUUAACAUCAGCACCUUGUGCCAAGAGCCUUAACUCCAAGAUGGGUUGUGGCCAGUUUUACCAAAUGGAUACUGUAGAGAUUAUAACGAGGUCAGCCAGGUGGACCCCAUAGAAUGAGUUCCCUGAUUGGGGCUGUUAACUUGGCCGAAUCAGUGAGCCCUGGCUGACAGAAAAACAGGAGAGUCGGACAUCCUGUUCACUCUUCGAGCAGGCUCUGAGGGAGCUGGAUCAGUGGCAAGGGCUCUCCACUUGUAAAUAAAGGGUGCCUUGGUGAUGGGA